ACCAUCACGGGCGCACACAGAUUGAAAACUCAUGUUGCCCUCAUUUCUUUCGUCCACUUCUAUCAGAUAUGAUUUGGUAUUAUUUACAUAUGAUGAUUUUAUUUUCUUAAAAGAGUUCCAGUAUCUGAGAAUUAUUGAAGAAAAAUCUCCCAGUUCUUUUCUUUCUUUUUUGGUUCAAACACUGUGCACUCAGCUAGCUAGGGCUUCACUAGUGAAAAGCAACUGGCCCCCAACAAGGGAAGAGAAGAUAGCUUGAGUUAGCCAUUGGAUGUCCGCGGUUGGCGAGGCUUGGUUGUUUUUUGCGCAGCUGCUUGGAUAUGCGUCCUUCCCUGAUUUUUCGAGCUCUGCUUUCCUACGGUUCCUGUAACUUUCACAUUUGACUCUGACUCGCUAACUACCGAAAAAGAAACCUCAACUCAUCCAUCUUUGACGAAGAAACUUUAUUAUUAGCUUUCAUCAUCUCUUUUGUACAGUUGCUGCUACUACUACUAUAUAUUUUGUCUGUGUUUCUUGGUCCUUUGCACCUGCACCCAACAACCUCUACAUUCAGCCUCACGUACUGAAAGGAAGUUGCAUAAGGUUUGAUCAAUUUACAGGCAUGUAAAUUAGACUCGCUAAGAGAUAAAACAGUGUUCUCCAUAAAAAAAAAAUGGUUCUCGGGCUUAGAUCAAAGAACCGAAAAGGUACCUCAGUGCAGGUUGAUUACACCAUUCAUGUACAAGAAAUCAAGCCUUGGCCCCCAUCACAGUCUCUUAAAUCUGUUCAGUCCUUGUUGCUUCAAUGGGAAAAUGGUGAUCAGAGUUCUGGUUCUUUCACUUCUAAUGUUGGAGAUGGGAAAGUUGAAUUUAUCGAGUCUUUUAGGCUUUCGGCUACUUUAUGUAAGGAAGUGUCCAGAAAAGGCACUGCUCGAGACAGUUUCCUGAAGAACUACUUAGAGUUUAACUUUUAUGAAUCUCGAAAGGACAAGGCAAUGAAAGGUCAACUCCUGGGAUCUGCAGUCAUAAACCUUGCAGAUUAUGGAAUCAUCAUGGAUGCUGUAACCAUAAAUGCCCCAAUUAAUUUCAAGAAAUCUUCUAGGAGCACGGUGCCGGCAGUUCUUUAUGUAUAUAUUCAGCCAUUUGACAGAGAUAAGUCCACCUUGUCAAAAGAAGUGUCACUGGACAAGGAUGGAAGUGAAACUGUUUCAGAAGUGGCAAAUGAAGGGAAUGACAAUGAAGUUGAGAUUGCCUCAUUCACUGAUGAUGACGAUGUUUCCUCACAUUCAUCACUGACUGUAUCCUCUUCUGCAUUAGAGUCUAUUGGAGGUUCUCCAGGUCAAUCUCACAAGAAGGGAUCACGGACAGCAAACAGUGGCACAAGAAGGAUCGAUGAGGAGCCUGCAUUACCCUCAGGUGUAGCACCUUCAAACCCAGAUGUGAACUCAGCAUCUCAAGGAUUUAAACAUCCGAAUGGAGCAGCUUCUCCUUCAUUGCCUACAGACAUGCCUGCUAAUCUGCUAAAUCCUGUAAAUAAUCUUGCAGAAACUAAUAUGUUGUCAGAUGACUGUAGUCAGGUGAAGGACUCAAAUUGUGUAAGCUUGGAAGAGUCUCAUUCUAAGCAAGGUGCUGAUAGAAAAGCCUGGAGACAUGAAACAAGUGGACCAGAGAAUCCUACAACUAAUAAUUUAAAUGGUGAUCUUAUGGAUGGGAAAGAGAAAAAUGAGCUGGAUGACAAGGAACGGGGUUCAGUUAUUUUAGAGGUAGAGAAACCUUCUCUGGAGGAAAAAUUACCUGGUCAAUUACCUGAAGAUGCGUCAAAAAAGCAAGCCAAAUUAAGGAGCAAUACUCUUGCACUCAACAGAACAGCGAUUGGAUUGCAGGGUACCCGUAGAAAUAAACUGAAGCACCUGAAGUCUGUUCAAUUACAGUUUCACUCAGUUGAAGACGAUGAUCCCUUCAUCAAUAGAAAAUUGAUAGAGAAGCCAAAGAAGAUUAAUGUUUCUGAAAAUGUUAAUAAAGGGGUCAAGGGUUAUGAACACAGUGAAAGGGAAAAAUCAAGAAAAGGCUUCUCUGACAAUGAAGUUGAAUCAAAUUCUGAAGUUGAAAUACUUGAGGAAGAGUUAAGUGGAGCUGCUGCUGAGGAUGAUCUUGCUGAGCAAGGAAACUCCACAAAAAAGUUCCAGCUAAUGGAGAAGGAAAAGAAAAUUGAUCUUCCUGAAAAUUUAAAUAAAGUUGACAUGAGUUAUACACCAAGUAAAAAGGAAGAACAAACAGAAAGCAACUUUUCUGGAAACAAAGUUGAACUGCAGUUGAAAGUUGAAAUGCUUGAGGAAGAACUGAUGGAAGCUGCGACUGUUGAGGUUGGCCUUUACUCAGUUGUUGCCGAGCAUGGAAGUUCUAUAAACAAGGUCCUAGCUCCAGCAAGGCGCCUUUCAAGGUUCUAUCUUCAUGCUUGCAAGGCAAUUUCCUGGGUCAAGAGGGCAAAUUCAGCUAGAGCUAUUAUCUCAGGAUUAAUUUUGGUUUCUAAAGCAUGUGGAAAUGAUGUUCCAAGGUUAACUUUCUGGUUGUCAAAUUCAAUUGUGCUAAGAGCAAUUGUAACCCAGGAUGUUGAGAAGUUGCAGCUUGCUUCGGUACCAUCCAUCAUUAACAAUGGUGGUCCAAAGGGCAGGCAUGAAUCCUCUCCUAGUGAAGUAGAGAAAACUGAUCGAACAGAAAGUUCUGACGAGUGGGCAGAACCUCAGCCAUGUAUAGCAGCAUUAAAGAAGGUCGAAGCUUGGAUCUUCUCCCGAAUUGUUGAGUCAGUUUGGUGGCAGACUCUGACACCACAUAUGCAGUCCACAGCUGUGAAGAGCUCACACUCAAGGAAGACCAAUGCUAGGAGGCAUGGAUUGGGUGAUCACGAACAGGACAAUUUUGCUAUUGAUUUAUGGAAGAAGGCUUUCAGGGAUGCAUGUGAAAGGCUUUGUCCGGUUCGAGCUGGGGGGCAUGAAUGUGGUUGCUUGCCUGUGCUGUCUAGAUUGGUAAUGGAACAGUUGGUGGGUAGACUAGAUGUGGCCAUGUUCAAUGCUAUACUUCGGGAAUCAGCUGAAGAGAUGCCAACAGAUCCUGUUUCUGACCCAAUCAGUGAUCCUAAGGUUCUUCCAAUCCCAGCUGGAAAUUCAAGCUUUGGGGCUGGUGCACAAUUGAAAAAUGCUGUUGGAAAUUGGUCCAGAUGGCUCACAGAUUUAUUCGGUAUUGAUGAUAAUGACUCUCCAGAAGAGAAGGAUGAACUUGAUAGCAACAGGCGUGAAUGUGAGACAUCCUUCAAGGCUUUCCAACUCCUGAAUGCCUUGAGUGAUCUCAUGAUGCUUCCAUUUGAAAUGCUCGGAGAUAGGUCAACUAGAAAAGAGGUAUGCCCUACAUUUGGCGUGCCAAUAAUCAAGAUGGUUCUUGACAAUUUUGUCCCAGACGAAUUCAACCCUGACCCUGUCCCAGAGACGAUUCUUGAGGCCUUGGAUUCUGAGGAUCUUGCUGAUUCUGGGGAGGAGUCUAUCACAAACUUCCCAUGUAUUGCAGCUCCCACAAUCUACUCACCACCUCCUGCAGCAUCACUAACAAAUAUAAUAGGAGAGGUGGGAGGCCAAACUCUGCAGAGGAGCAGAUCAGCAAUGCUUAGAAAGUCAUACGCUAGUGAUGAUGAGCUUGAUGAGCUGGAUUCACCCAUGACUUCCAUCAUUGACAACUCCAAGGUUUCUCCUACAUCUACAGCAUGGAAUUGGAUGCAAAAGGGAAAGGCAGGCCGGAAAGUUGUUAGAUAUCAACUCCUCCGGGAGGUAUGGAAGGAUGGUGAAUAGUCUUAUUCAUUUCUCUUUCACAUGCAUAUGUAUAUACAUGUAUGGAUUUUGUGUAGGUUGGUUUAAUUUUAACACCCGUGCAUUUUGUAUUUUGAUUUCAUUAGAGCAUACAAUAAUCGAUUAUUAUAUGACCUGAUUAUCUUUUGAGUUUUCA